AUGUCUGACGAAUUGAUUCAUCAAUAUAGUCCUUCCUUUGCUCCCUUCUUUGGGUUUGCGGGAUGUGCCUCUGCAAUUGUCCUAUCGGCACUAGGUGCUGCAAUUGGUACGGUUAAAUCUGGUAUAGGUAUCGCAGGUAUAGCGACUUUUAAGCCUGAUCUGAUAAUGAAGUCAUUGAUUCCAGUUGUUAUGAGUGGUAUUUUAGCAGUGUAUGGGCUGGUGGUAGCCGUUUUAGUCGCAGGAGGGCUGUCUCCGACAGCAGACUAUACGCUAUUCAACGGUUUUCUGCAUUUAGCCUCCGGGUUAUGUGUUGGGUUCUCGUGUCUCAGCAGCGGUUACGCAAUUGGAAUUGUAGGGGACGUUGGAGUGCGUAAAUUUAUGCAUCAACCAAGACUAUUCGUUGGUAUCGUUUUGAUUUUGAUUUUUGCAGAGGUUUUAGGAUUAUAUGGUAUGAUCAUAGCAUUGAUCUUAAAUACUAGAGGUUCUGGUAACUAA